AUGGAGGAACUGCAUCAUUUCAGCCACCCGCAGCAUCCCUUGAAACUUACUGAAGCCCAUCAUGAUGAAGCUGGGACUUCCAAAUUGUGCAAUGGCUGUCCGAAACCAAUACAUUCAAAAGAAGGGGAACCCAUUUUCAGCUGUGAAGAAUGCCAAUUCUACCUUCAUAAAAGAUGUGCAGAGCUGCCGGUGGAGAUUACAGAGCAUCCCCUGCAUCCUCAUCAUAGGCUCAAACUUCUUGCAGAGCCGCCAUAUCCGAAAGACGGUCCGCGCUGCUUUUGUGAUGGAUGUUACCAAGUAUGUGAAACUGAUAGCUUCAUCUACCAUUGUUCUUGGACAUCUUGCAAUUUUGAUCUGCACAUCUCCUGCGCUUUUCCGGAUCCGAAAUUGGAUCAUCCGGGUCAUGAACAUCCAUUGAUAUUUCUGAAAAAACCUUCCAUAUUCUGCUGUGAUGCUUGUGGGUCAGAAAGUAAAGGGCAAGCUUAUGUUUGUGUUAUAUGCCAAAUAUGGAUCCACAUGAGUUGUGCACAAUUACCAAGCAUCGCCCAUGGACACGACCAUAAUCACCCUCUUACUCUGUCCUAUUGUGUUCCUAAUGAUUUGAGGAAAUACGAAAUUCCCUGUGAUUAUUGCUUCGGGAAAAUACCAUCUAAGAACUGGGUUUAUUACUGUGGCCCUUGUAGGUACAUUCUUCAUCUUGAUUGCUUGGGGAGAUGCAGAAAACCACCAGAAGGAACGUCCAACCUUGGUAAAGAUGGUGAUAAAGAGAAAGAUUUGGUGAAGAUGCCAACACGCGACAUGGUAGAAGUAAUCAAACAUGUUUUGCAGAAACAACAGGGGAAGGAAAUCCUAAAAAUUCCCAAAUUUGUGUACGUCAUGCGCUGCGCACAUCGGCUAAUUCUCGCGAAUGUGAAGAAUGAUCCGAGCUCGAAAGAUGCAGAAAUCACAUGCCAUCGAUGCGCCGACCCAAUCGUCUCUGAGUGCUGUAAAUGUUCACAAUGCAAUUACUUCAUCCACUUGACCUGUGCUCAAUUGCCUGAAAAGUUGAACUACCCGCGCCAUGAUCCUAAAUUGUUUCUUUUGAUAUAUGUGUGGGGUAUGUUUGAGUGUUACGCUUGCAAAUUGGAUUGCAAUGGCUACUUGUACCAGUGCCAAACUUGUGUGCCGUACCGUUUUGAUAGCGUAAAUCACAGGUGGGAUAAGCAUCCGCUUCAGCUAAGUAUUCCUCCUUUCAGUGAUCGACCCGGCGAAUUCUAUUGCGAGAUCUGCGAAGAAGAAAUUCAUCCGAGGAGGUGGCACUACCAUUGUAAAGAAUGCGAUCAAUCUUUUCAUCCUCGUUGUAUACCUAAAGUCCUGUACCGGAACUGUACUUUCGGUGGCACUCUUGAAAUGGGUUCACAUCCGCAUCCUCUGAAAUUCAUCCGGGAAGGUGGUUAUCAUUCAAGGUGUGAUUCUUGUCGGGAACUCAUGUAUGAUAAAAGGGGGAACCCAUUUUCAGCUGCGAGGAAUGCAAAUUUCUUCCUUCACAAAAGAUGUGCAGAGUUGCCUUUGGACAUCAAGGAUCAUCCCCUGCAUCCUCAUCAUAAACUCAAACUUUUCGCAGAGCUGCCUUACCUGAAAGAUAAAUACCGGUGCUUUUGUGAUGGAUGUUAUCAAGUCUGUGAUAGUUGCUUCAUCUACCAUUGUUCUUGGAUAUCUUGGCAUUUUGAUCUCCACAUCUGCUGCACUUUUCCGGAUCCGAAAUUGGAUCAUCCGGGUCAUGAACAUCCAUUGAUGUUUCUGCAAAAACCUUCCCAUCUUCAGUGUGCCCUGUUACCAAGAAUCAACUACACGGACGAUCACAAUCACCCUCUGUCUCUGUCCUAUUGUGUUCCAAUUGAGUUUCGGAGAUAUGAUAGUCCCUGCGAAUAUUGUUUCGGGAAGAUUGCGUUUCAGAAUUGGGUUUAUUAUUGUGGUCCUUGUAGAUUCAUGAACUUUGCAGUUCUGGACAUUCUUACUCAGAUGAUGGCAGUUAAUACUCAAAAGAAACAACAAGGAAAGGAAAUUCUACCGGUUCCCAAAAUUACGAAUGGCAGUCAAAUCGCGUGCAACCGAUGCGCCGAACCAAUCAUCUCCGACUGCUGUAAAUGCCCACAAUGCAAUUAUUUCGUCCACUUUACCUGUGCUCAAUUGCCAGAAAAGUUGAAGUACCUAAACCAUGACCCUAAGCUGCAUCUUCUUGUCUACAUUUGGGGAAUGUUCAAGUGUUUCGCUUGCGAUUUGGAUUGCAAUGGCUACUUGUACGAGUACCACCAUUUUGUUCCACGCCGUUGGGAUGUUAAGUAUGCUUUAUUGCCCACCAAACUGAUGCAUAAAUCACACCAACACCCUCUUUUACAAAAUCAUCAAAGGAGUACCGAUUAUAGCAGCAAAUGUUCUUCCUGUGGCAAGCCAACUGGAAGUUUGUUCUACUCUUGUCCUAAUUGCCGUUUCUAUUUGGAUUACCAGUGUGUCACGCUUCCGGAGAUUGUCAAUUAUAGGUGGGAUAAACAUCCGCUUCAGCUGAGCAUCCCUCCUUUCAGUGAUCGUCCUGGCGAUUUCUAUUGCGAGAUUUGCGAAGAAGAAAUUCAUCCUAGAAGGUGGCAUUACCAUUGUAAGGAAUGCGAUCAAUCUUUUCACCCUCGUUGUAUACCUAAAGUCUUGUACCGGAACUGCAUUUUUGGUGGCACUCUGGAAUUUGGUUCACAUCCACAUCCUCUAAAAUUCGUCCGAGAAGGCGGUUAUUACUCAAGGUGUGGUUCUUGUCCGGAACUCAUGUAUGACAAACUGCUGUUCUUCGCCGUGGCUUUCUCGGCGGUGCCGUUGACCUUGUACGUCCCGCCGAUUCGGAGCUUCAACUUGUUUGUGGAGUCGGUUGAGCACUUUUUCCGGCAAACCACCGUUCACACUGUUCGGUUCUGCCCCCGUCUCCGUCUCGCCUUUACCAGGGUGUUGUAUGAAUUCCAGUCUUACUACGAUGCCACGGCGUUCUUGGAAGUGGCCAAUGAUGUCUCCCAUGACCUCAAAUUCUCUCAAUCUGAAGCUCCUUUCUCCUAUGCAUGUGCUCCCCUGUGCUAUCUUCUCGGUGUUCUUACUGCUGCCCGGAUGGCGGAUUGGAUCGGCAGGCGGUUCACCUUACUUUUCAGCGCCACCAUCUUAUUUGUUGGGUCAGUUUUGAUGGUAUCUGCCACUAACUUUCCUGUCUUCAUGGUUGGCCGCUUUUGCUCCGCCCUCGGAGAUGGUUAUGCUCUUAUGGUACCUGCCCUGUAUAUAGCAGAAAUCUCCCCUGUUUCGUCGCGCCGUGGAUUCCUUACUUCUUUCCCUGAAGCGUUCACCAGUAUUGGGUCUUUGUUUGGAGGGGUUGCAAUGUAUUGGUUGCCGAAGAUUUCAGCUCACUCGGGUUGGCGCUUCAUAGUUGGAAUUGUUGCAGUUCCAUCAAUGUUCUUAUGUAUUGGCUUGUUUACUACGAUUUCGGAGUCGCCAUAUUGGCUGGUGAUGAAAGAUCGUCUGGAUGAUGCUAAACGAAUUCUAGACAAAACUUCAGCUUCACUUGAAGAAUCCCAAUUGAGAUUGGAAGAAAUGAUUAAGGCCCCUGGUAUCCCUGAUGAAAACGUUUCUGCUAAUGCGAAAAGUGCUAAAUUUUGUGUUGCGUUGAAAGAAUUGAUCAUUCGUCCAACUCCAUCUGUUCGACAAAUGUUUGUGACGGCCUUAGCCUUACAUUUCGUGCAAGUAGCAUGCGGGGUCAACAUCACGAUCAAUCAGUUCAGCACGAAUAUUUUCGAACAAGCAGGCGUCACAACGGAAAGCCAUCAGCAAUUCAUCAGUUACGCGUUUGGACUCGCCGGAAUCGGGAGCAAUUUAGUCGCCACAGUAUUGGUAGACAAGGCCGGACGGCGAACUCUGCUCUUGCACAGCGUUGCUGGAACGGCAUUUUCGUUAUUUGGACUUGCCGUUGGACUAACUGUCAUUCAUAAUCACCCUGGUCAGAAAGUAACUUGGGCAUUAGCAAUGUGCAUCAUCAGUUCAUUGUCUUGUACCGUAUUUUACUCCAUCGGGAUCGGUCCGAUUGCAGUGAUUUACAGUUCUGAGGUUUUCCCUCAAAGGUUGAGAGCCGUAGGGAUUGGAACGGUGGAAGCAAUCAAUGUUUUCACUGGUUGGAUUGUGUUGAUUAGCUCUAUAUUAUUAGUAACAUUACCAAUCUUCCCGACCUUCAAUGUUGGUUUGCUUUUCUUUUCGUAUGCGGUGGUUUCGUUUUCAGGUUGGAUUUUCAUUUACUUGUUUGUUCCUGAAACAAAAGAUGCUUCUCUUGAGGAGAUGGAGACAUUAUUUCCAGGCCUUGGAUCGUUCUGUUUUCAGAGGAUUAAAAACUCGAUCCGACACAUGAGCCAGAGUCGUUAUAUGCAGGCUUUCUUCCUUUAUACAUUGUACACUAGGUAUUCUGUAUCACUGUUUUAG